ACAGGAUGGGAUGAGAGCGCGGUUCAUCACGAGAGUAUCAGGCUGAUGGCUGACAACAGCUCGGUUUAGGUUAGCAGUACCUCCGUUGAUUUGUCAUUAGGUCAUCGUAACGCUAGUAUGCGUUUUGAAUAGUGGCUAUAUUUAGGGGAAGCCUAGCGUGAGAAUGACCGUAUCGGUGCGAUUGCUGCCUUAUGAGCAUGCUUGCGUUGAUGUCCCCCGGCGAAGGCGCUAUUGAGUGAAGAUGUCGAUUUUGUGGGUGAUGAGCGACUUUUGGCCAGUACAAGCGAGAGGAUACAGAUAAUAUUUCGUACGAUUUCUUUUCCUCAUACAGAUGUAUUCUCGCGUCUCUAAUGCUUCACUAGAUACCGUAGCGCUGCAGCAGUGGCGUCGGCGUCACUGACGCCUUGGCUCAUUAUCGCCAGCCAGACUCGUAGUUCUCCGUUAUUAUGGCAAUUUUCCGGUUGACUAACUGCGAAAGCCAGUUUCUUCCUCUCGUAAUCCGGACUCUGUCAUUGGUUCCGCUGGUGUAGCAAAAAACCUUAUUUCCAGUGCCCCAAUUUCUGACUUUCUGCUUGCAAGUCAUUUCCACCUCUAGCAUCCAGUUUAGGUCUUUUUAUUCUCCACGUCGAAGCUUAAGUCGUUAUACUGCGAUACAAGGCUAAGUAUUCGCCUACAAUACGGUGCAAAGCCACAGUUAGGGUUUCCGUAAAUAAUCUCCACCCGUUGCACGAGACACUUUACUCUGCGAGCCGUCAGGAUGAAUUUCUCCCACGACAAGUUCGACGCGGAGAAGUAUGUGGACGACCAGAUGCAGAUCAUGGACGAACGGGGCGUCCGUCUGCUGGUCGGAGACCUGGCGGACUACCGGCGGGUAUCAGCAGACGAGAUGCGGAAGAGCGUGUUCGCCAACUACACGGCGUUCAUCGGCACGUCCAAGGAGAUCGCGGAGCUGGAGGUGGAGCUGCAGCAGAUGAAGAACCUGCUCUCGCUGCAGACCAACCUCAUCCACUCCCUCGCUGCCGAUAGCUUGAACAACGAAACCAGCAGCAAUGCUAACUCUGCUGCUGCUGCUGCGGCUGCUGCUGGUGGUGCUGGUGCUGGUGGUGGUAGCUCGACCCCGGCUUCGACUGCCUCGUCUGUUACCACUGCCGGUACUUCGUCUACUUUCGCUGCUGCCUCGUCCUCGUCGUACGCGUCCUCGUUAGCCACGCCGCAGGACGAGGAGGAGGAUGAGAGGUUGUGGAGUGUGGAGGUCCCGGAGCCGACCGAGAUUGAGAAGUACGCGGAGGCUCUGCCAGAUAUACUGGAUAUUCUUAUAGCGGAGCGGAAGGUCGACCGCGCUAUAGAGCUGCUGGAGCAGGGGCAGCAGAUCGAGGAGGAGAUUCUGAGUGCGGAGGCCGCGAAUGCGCUGGCGACGGCGAUAGCGGACAGGAGGGCGUGGCUGGUGGGGCAGCUGGAGGAAACGGCGCAGCAGGCGGCUGUGAGGGGGCAGGAGCUGAGGCAGGCCGUGGGCGCGCUGUAUAGGCUCGGGGAGACGGAGAGGGCGCACCAGCUGCUGCUGGCGGCGUAUGGGGAGAGGAUCCGGAGCGGGUCGAGGCUGCUGAGGCCCCGGGGGACGAGCUUUGGCGGGGCGUAUACCGCUGCUCUUGCACAGCUGGUGUUCUCAGCGAUAUCCCAAGCAGCCACGGACUCAGCGCGCAUAUUCGCGUCGGACCCCUCGUGUGCGGCGGACCUGCUGCUGUGGGCGCAGAGGGAGACGGAGUUCUGCGUCUCGCUGCUCAAGCGCCACGUGCUCUCCUCCGCUGCUGCUGCUGGCGGGCUGCACGCCGCCGCUGAAUGCGUGCGCAUAGCGCUGGGGCACUGCAGGCUCUUAGAGGACCAGGGUCUCACCCUCUCCCCAGUAUUGUCCAAGCUGGUGCGCCCCAGCGUGGAGGAGGCCCUGGAGUUCAACAUCAUCCGCAUUGAGGACUCGGUGGCCACCAUGGUGGCUGUGGACGACUGGGUCCUGCUGCCGCUGCCGCACGGCUCAGGCGCCACUGGCCGGGUGCGCGCGCUGCAGCAGACUCUGGGGCCGGGGCUCAUGCACCUCAAGCUGUCCAGCAGCGGCCAAAAGUUCUACAUGCUGCUCGUGGACCUGGUGGAGGACAUCUUACCAGUGAUCAGCCUGCAGCUGUUCGGCCGCAUUCUCGACCGCCUCGCCUCGCUCUUCGAGUCGUACGUCGCGCUGCUGCAGAAGGCCCUCCCCUCGCCCUCCUCCGACGACGACGACAACGAGGACGAGGAGGGGGAGGAGGGGAAGGCCGGGGAGAAAGACAAGGACAAGGCGAACGGGGGAGGGGAGGAGCCAUGGCAGGACGGCAGUGUGCGCACCGCAGAGGACGAGCAGCAGCAGCUGGCUCUGCUGGGGAAUGCAUCGGCUCUGGCUGAUGAUCUGCUCCCCAGACUGGCGCAGAGGCUGACUCUGGCGGCUGGGGAGGAAGGGGGCGGGGGAGGCGGAGGCGGGAGAGGGGGGAGGAAGCAGGGCGGGGCGGAGCAGGACAGGCGGCUGUCGGGCGGUGGCGGACGCAACGCGGCGGAGCACAAGGAGUGGCGGCGGCGGCUGCAGAAGGCGGUGGACAAGCUGCGGGACGUGCUGUGCUCGUGCCUGGUGGCGGAGUUUAUGUAUGGCGACGACGGCAAGCCCAUCCUCACAGCCCACGAGUACCUCCACAUGGACGCCAAGAUGCGCCCCACGCAGUGGGCCUUGAAGCCCCUGCCCUCGCCGCCUUUCCAGGCGCUCUACAUGGCCUUGCACUCCAUCCACUCCACAGCCACCUACGUGCUGGGAGGGCGCGACAGAGCGCUCUACAUGGCCUUGCACUCCAUCCACUCCACAGCCACCUACGUGCUGGGAGGGCGCGACAGAGUGGUGACGCUGCUGCUCAUGCGCCUUGCAGAGUGGCUCAUGAUGGGCCUCAUGGUGUACAGCACCUUCUGGGACGAGCUCGAGAACGCUGAGUACGCCCUUGGCCCCACUGGCCUGCAGCAGCUCGUGUUCGACAUGUACUUCGUGAUGCAGGUGGCCAAGGCGGGCAAGUACUCGUCCAGGGCCAUGCGCAAGGUUGCGGAAGACAGCGCCACCAAGGCCAUCGUGCUCUUCACCGACCAGACGGGAGGCGACCCCAACAGUCUCCUACAGGAGGACUGGUGGUACGAGCACAAGUGUCUGGAGGCAAUAGAGGAGCUCGCAGCAGCAGCCAGCCCGGCAGCAUCGCCCUCGGACUCCCCCAGCCGCCACCGCCGCUCCUUCUCCCAGGAGGACCACGACGACCCCCUCCCCGCCGCCUCCUCCGCUGCUGCUGACGCUGGUGCUAUUGGUGGUGCUGCUGGUGCUGGUGGUGUUGGUGCAGUGGCUGCUGCUUCUGUGUCUUCUCAGGUCCAAUCGGUGCCGUCGAGCCAUCAGCCGGUGGAGGGGGGUUUGUCCCAGCAGCAGCAGAGGCCGGAGGGGAGGAGCGUGGGGGAUGAGGAUAGAAGACCGGCAGCAAAAACACAGUAUGAUGCAUCUGAUGACGAUGGUGGUGGUGGGGGUAGGAGUGCAAGGGCAGGAGCGAGGGGUGGCGCCAGCCGGAGCAGUACUAGUGAGGGGGUGGGAGGGGGGGCGAGGAGCAGAGGGUAUUCGGGUGAUGACUACGCAAGCAGUGGCAGCAGGAACGAGUAUUCGGCUCGAGACAGGGACUAUGGGCGGGAUUAUGGGCGGGAUAGGGAUAGUGGGGGCAGCAGAGAGUAUGGGAGGGACCGAGAGAGUGCUGCGGGGGGUUGGGAUUAUGGGAGGGAUAGCGGGGGGAGGGAGUAUGCGCGAGAGAGGGACGGUGGAAGCAGGGAGUAUGGGAGGGAGGGCUCUUACGGAAGGGAUCGAGGUUACAGUGAGAGGGAGAGGGAUAGGGAUGGGUAUGGCCGGGAGGAGGGGUCGAGAAAUUACUCGGGGCGAGAGGCGAGGAGCAGGAGAGGAGGGGGGUAUUGAUAUGGGGGUGAUGAAAAAGAAGGGUAUUGAUGUACGGGAUACAUGGGCCAUGACGGCGGGAUACUGAGAGAUUGCUGGGAGGGAGUUUUUAUCGAGAUGUUUGUAAUGUAAAGGGCGCUUUGGCGAGACUUUGGGGGUCUAUGGAGACCUUUGGCACGUCCUUAGGCGAGUGGAAGCAUCCAUGCUGGAAUCUGGUUUGGCGGAGAUGUGGCAAGUUGCAAGGGCAAGAAUUGGUUUCUAGGAGCUCCCAGAGGGAGGGAUGGGAUCUCAAUGUAGAAUUGGAAGGGAAGAUGUAGCACACCAUAUGUUAGGGUUGCUGUCGCUGAUAGCCAAUGAUAAUUCUUGUCAUUGCCAGUAGCGAGAGUGGCCUUGGCAAACUGGGGGAUUGCUUUCAUAUUGUAGAAAGCACAAAGACAUGUAACUUCGGAAAUUUUGUCCUGUUUCACCCGUUUAUUUUGAGAG